GUAACGCGCCGUGCGGUUUGGUCCUUCUGGCUCGCUGUAGUAUUGAUGUGGCCAAGUCAGUCAGGUUCCACGUCAGUCGGAAGGAUCAGAAUCUCUCCAGACACGGAUGCGCACGCAGAAGAAGAGGGAGACCUAAGACCUGUUUGAAAGGAAAACUCAUUCUCUCUGACCGGAGUCUCGUGAAGAGAAAAAGAGCUGACAUCAUGACAGCCGCGGAGAAUGUGUGUUACACACUUAUCAAUGUCACCAAUGACUCUGAACCACCAUCAGAAGUUAGCUUGAAAACUGAUUUAGAAAAGGGGGAAAUUAAAGCCAAGACAGAGGCUUUGAAAAAGGUCAUCAUCAUGAUCCUGAAUGGAGAGAAACUUCCAGGCCUAUUAAUGACCAUCAUUCGGUUUGUGCUGCCUCUUCAGGACCACACAAUUAAGAAACUAUUGCUAGUUUUUUGGGAAAUUGUUCCCAAAACUACUCCUGACGGCAAACUUCUUCAGGAGAUGAUCUUGGUCUGUGAUGCCUACAGGAAGGAUCUCCAGCAUCCCAACGAGUUCAUCCGUGGCUCCACCCUGCGCUUCCUGUGCAAGCUGAAGGAAUCUGAGCUGCUGGAGCCCCUCAUGCCAGCGAUCCGUGCCUGUCUGGAGCAUCGUCACAGCUAUGUACGCCGCAAUGCAGUCCUGGCCAUCUACACUAUCUACAGGAACUUUGAGCAUUUGAUCCCAGACGCCCCUGAGUUGAUUCAUGAUUUUCUCGUAAAUGAGAAAGACGCAAGCUGCAAGAGAAAUGCUUUUAUGAUGCUGAUUCAUGCAGAUCAGGAUAGAGCUUUAGACUACCUUAGCACCUGUAUUGAUCAGGUGCAUACUUUUGGAGACAUUCUACAGCUUGUUAUUGUGGAACUGAUUUAUAAGGUCUGCCAUGCCAACCCCUCAGAGAGAGCUCGUUUCAUCCGUUGUAUCUACAACCUGCUGCAGUCAUCCAGUCCUGCUGUAAAAUAUGAAGCAGCUGGAACUCUAGUUACUCUGUCCAGCGCUCCCACUGCCAUCAAGGCUGCUGCUCAGUGUUACAUUGAUCUGAUCAUUAAAGAGAGUGACAACAACGUCAAGCUCAUUGUUCUGGACCGACUGAUCGAGCUGAAGGAACAUCCUACACAUGAGCGUGUGCUGCAGGACCUUGUGAUGGAUAUUCUGAGGGUUUUGACAACUCCUGAUCUUGAGGUCCGCAAGAAGACCCUACAGCUGGCCCUGGACCUGGUGUCAUCCCGCAAUGUAGAAGAGCUGGUUAUAGUGCUAAAGAAAGAAGUCAUCAAAACCAACAAUGUGACUGAGCAUGAGGACACAGACAAGUACAGGCAGCUGCUUGUUCGCACUCUCCACUCCUGUAGCGUCCGCUUCCCUGACAUGGCAGCCAAUGUCAUCCCUGUGCUGAUGGAGUUCCUGAGUGACACUAACGAGGCGGCCGCAGCCGACGUGCUGGAGUUUGUGCGUGAGGCAAUUCAGAGGUUUGACAACCUUAGACCUCUCAUCAUUGAGAAGAUGCUAGAGGUCUUUCACGCUAUCAAGACGGUCAAAAUUUACAGAGGAGCUCUGUGGAUUUUGGGUGAAUAUUGCAGCACUAAAGAGGACAUCCAGAGUGUCAUGACAGAAGUCCGCAGAUCUUUGGGAGAGAUCCCUAUUGUGGACAAUGAGUUGAAAAAGGAGGCUGGAGAGGUGAAACCUGAGGAGGAAGUGACUGCAGCUCCAGCUCCUAAGCUGGUGACAGAAAUGGGCACUUACGUCACUCAGAGUGCCCUGAGCACCUCCAGACCAUCCAAAAAAGAAGAGGAUAGGCCUCCUCUUAGGGGUUUCCUGAUGGAUGGAGACUUCUACGUUGCUGCCUCAUUGGCCACCACCCUCACCAAAGUGGCCUUGCGCUAUGUUGCCCUUGCCGAGGAUAAAAAAAGGCAAAAUUCGUUUGUUGCAGAGGCCAUGCUGAUCAUGGCCACUGUGCUCCAUCUUGGCAAGUCAUCUCUACCCAAGAAGCACAUCACAGAUGAUGAUGUGGACCGGAUCUCACUGUGCCUCAAGGUCCUGUCUGAGUGCUCGCCCCUCAUGAAUGACAUCUUUAACAAGGAAUGCCGCAGAUCUCUGUCCCAUAUGCUCGCUGUCAGACUGGAGGAGGAGAAACUGUCUCAGAAGAAAGAGUCGGAGAAGCGCAACGUAACGGUUCAGGCAGAUGAUCCGAUCUCCUUCAUGCAGCUGACCGCUAAGAAUGAGAUGACAUCCAAAGAGGAUCAAUUCCAGCUCAGUCUGCUGGCUGCUAUGGGCAAUACUCAGAGGAAAGAAGCCGCAGACCCUCUGGCCUCCAAACUUAAUAAGGUCACCCAAUUAACUGGUUUCUCAGAUCCAGUGUAUGCUGAAGCUUAUGUCCAUGUCAAUCAGUAUGACAUUGUCCUGGAUGUCCUGGUUGUUAAUCAGACCAGCGACACCCUACAGAACUGUACCCUGGAGCUGGCAACACUUGGUGAUCUUAAAUUGGUUGAGAAACCAUCUCCUCUUACACUGGCACCUCACGACUUUGCCAACAUCAAAGCCAAUGUGAAAGUGGCCUCCACAGAGAAUGGCAUCAUAUUUGGAAACAUAGUAUAUGAUGUAUCAGGAGCAGCCAGUGACAGGAACUGCGUAGUCCUCAGCGACAUUCACAUUGAUAUCAUGGACUACAUUCAGCCGGCCUCCUGCACAGACGCCGAGUUCAGACAGAUGUGGGCUGAAUUUGAGUGGGAAAAUAAGGUUACCGUCAACACCAAUAUCAUAGAUCUGAACGAGUAUCUCCUACACAUUCUUAAAUCUACCAACAUGAAGUGCUUGACCCCAGAGAAGGCCCUGUCCGGCAUCUGUGGCUUUAUGGCCGCAAAUCUAUAUGCCCGCUCUAUAUUUGGGGAGGAUGCCCUUGCAAACGUCAGCAUUGAGAAGCCAAUCCACAUGGGACCUGAUGCCCCAGUCAAUGGCCAUAUUCGCAUUCGAGCCAAAAGCCAGGGUAUGGCUUUGAGUCUGGGUGACAAAAUCAACCUCUCUCAGAAGAGGACUGCUGCAUAAAUUUCAAAGACUGAGGAUAUUAAGUCAAAGGGCGAGAUUUGACUAAAAAGCGAUAUGAUUACUCCUACGUCUUGUCGUCUUUUCUCUAUCGCUUCUUUUGUGUCUCUCCAGGCUACUGUACACAUGCAGUGCUCUGUGGCCAAGAUCUAAGCUCUUCAAUCCCUCAAACGAUGACUAAAGGGGAUCAUUUUGACAUUUUCUACCAACAUGAUUCUUCCUAACUGCUCUAAAAGGGAUUGAACCUGUUAAUCUUUAAUCUGUUUCAAUAAACAUUGCACACCAUAUAUCAUGAAAGCGUUUGUAUUCUCUUGUUAACGAAUAGUGUUACAACAACCCUUUUUUAUGAAUUGGGUGGCUUGUAAGUAGUCAAGAACAGUCCUGCCCUCAAACCAUAGUUGACACAACAAAGGAUGUGUUCUCUUGAAGAAAACCUUCUGGAAUUUUGAGAAUUUUGUUAUGGUCUCCUGCGUCUUAGAUGACUUGGGCUCAUAAAACUUGUGGACAGUCAUAACUUUCAUGUCUGCGUAGUGUAUAAUAAUAUUAAGGACAAAGGCGUCAAGGCUGUGGCCGUGCCCUGAGUAGAUUUGGCCUUAUAAGUAGGCACAUUCGUUUUCAAGUGAAUAUACACUACAGUUUAAAGUGCAAUAAAAACAAUAACAUUGUGAAGUAUUAUUAUCAUUUAAAACAACUUUACUAUUUUAAUAUAUUUUAAAAUGUAAUUGUGAUGGCAAAGCUGAAUUUUCAGCAGCCAUUACGCCAGUCUUCAGUGGCAUAGAAUCUAAUAUGCUGAUUUGAAGCUCAAGAAAUAUUUCUUCUUAUAUUAUUAUCAUCAUCAAUGUUAAAAAUAGUGCUGCUUAAUAUUUUGGGGGAACUCGUGGUUCUUUUUUUUUUUUUUUUAACACUGAUGAGCAGAAAGUUCAAAAGAAUAGCAUUUAUAUAUAAUAGAAAUCUUUUUUCAUACUGUCACUUUUGAUCAGUUUAUGCAUCCUUGCUGAAUAAAAGUAUUACUUUAACAAAAAAAUCAAAUAAAACCUUACUGACCCCAGACUUUUGAGCGGUAGUGCAUGUAAUCACUGCAUUGUACCUGGUCACCAGUCAUUGUCUGUUAAAGUGCAGUGGAAGCAGUUCUUGAUGUAAAUGAUGCAUUAGAUUUAAGUAGCUUCCAGUUUCACGUAGGGUGUUGGAGAUGGAUGUGAAAAGUGCUGAUGUGACUUUAUUUAAGUCCUGCAUUUAAUUCCAUUAGGCUUUUAUAACGAGGAACAUUACUUACAUAAAAAUUACGUUAAUGGAGUUUUAUGAGUUUUUCAAACUUACUGUUAUAAAUGUUCCACAUAUAAUCAAAUGAUAGCUAGGGAAAAUGAGGCAAUAAAGUUCUAAGCAAACACUAUUAAUUGGAGGGGAUCAGCUUUUCAUGAAGUUUUUCACAUAAUAUGUAAUACAGGCCCCACUUAAAAUAUUGUGCAACAACUGAAGACAUUACCGUUAUAUUCUAUACUGUUAUUCAAAACUCAUAGGCUAAUUAAAGCACUCAAGACUCUUCAUCUAGCAGUGACACAAAGCUGGAGCUUGAUUGGUUUCUUUGACAUGUCUUUACACGUCAGCUUUUUUUCCAAGAAAGCAAUUGCACUUGCAGAAUGAGACUUUGAUCUAUAUUGUAACUUGUCAGCUCCUUUAGCUCUCAUGAGACACAUUUGAACAUGUUCUUCACAUCAGUAAAAUGUAGACUAAUAUUUGAUUGUAAAACAGAAGAGAAAACCUCUACACUGCAUGGGGAUUUCAGAAUAUUGAAAUCGAUCAGCCCUUUGAAAAUGCUGCAGUGAUUGCUUAGCCUCAUGUUGUAAUUAGUGACUAAAUGAGUGGUGAAUCACAAAAUGACAAAGCUAGCAACAGUUUCUGUUUUGAUAGGUGACUGUUAAUCAUACAUGUAUAGUAAUAACCGAAUUGUUCCAUGAGUCAUGGUGUCAGAGUUUUGACUUUUGCGUUAGACGUUUUUGUUCCUUUGAUUUUGUAGUACUUAUGUUUUUUGUAUUCAUUUUCAUCUUGCGUGAUAUUUCAUUAACUCUAAAAGCAAUAUCACACUCUGUACUGAUAAAUGGUCAUAACGCACUCUUAGUUGUAUGAUACUGCUUUAAUGUACACUAUGUUCAACAGUUUGGGGUCAGUAAGAUUUAUGUUUUGAAAGAAAUAAAUUAUUUUACUGAGCAAGAAUGCAUUAAAUUGAUCAAAGGAGACCGUAAAGACAUUUAAAACAUGACAAAAGAUUUCUAUCUGAAAAUAAAUUAGCUCUUUAUGCAUCAACGUUGUGGUUUCCACAAAAAUGUUAAGCAGUUCAACUGUUGAUAAUAAUAAAAAAUUCUUGAUCAUCAAAUCAGCAUAUUGAUUUCUGAUCAUGUGACACUGAAAACUUGAGUAAUGCUGCUGAAAAUUCACAGGAAUAAAAUUCAUCUUCAAAUAUAUUCAAAUAGAAAACAUUUUAAUAAGAUUUCACAAUAUUGCUGUUUUUACUGUAUUUUUGAUCAGAUAAAUGCAGCUUUGGUGAGCAUAAGAUACUUUAUUUUUAUUUUUUUUUAACUAUUAAACUACUGAAGUACACUGUAAAAAAAAAUUAAA